GGAAAACGCCUAGAGCUUAUCAAAGGAAUUGGUACAGAUUAUGAUGGUGCAUGGCAAUAUUUAGACUCAAUCUAUGGAGACCCCAGAUAUGUGUCGGACCAAGUAACCCAAGAUCUGUCAAAGAUCCGACCCCUAAAAGAAGGAGAAGACUCACGAUUUUGUGAUCUGGUGCAUUUAGUAAAGCGUAGUUUCAAGACGAUGAAGGGAGUGGGAAAACCCCAUGAUAUGGAUAACAAUCACAUGUUGUCACUAAUAGAACAGAAAAUGUGUGUGGAAGAUAGAAAGAUUUGGGCUCGUGAAUUGGAAAGGAAUGAAAAGCCAGCAAGCUUACAAGGUCUCAUUGCUUGGAUGGAGACGGAAAUGAAGUCGAGGAUGCGUGCAACUGCUCCACUGAGAAAUUCGAGUCAGGGUUCGAGAUAUGUCAAUCAGCUAUCUGGAGGAAAACCACCAAAGUGUUGGAUCUGCGACAAUUCAACGCACUGGGUAGACCAAUGUGAAAAAUUUAAGUCCAUGAGUCCAGAGGACCGUUUGAAAACAGUAAGAGAAAACCACCUUGUUUCAGUUGUCUUAAGAAGGCCGGACGUGACCACAGAGCAUCAAACUGUAGCAGAAGGAAGCAGUGUACACAGAAAAUAA